AUGCUCUUCACCACUCCCGUCAUGAUGAUGCUCGCUUCGGCGCAGAUCGCCUUCACAUUACCUCACAUGCGAACAUCCGACAUGGAUGUUACCGCCAAGGGCCGUUUGCUCAUGGCGCGCAGUGUUGCUAUUCCCGAGGACGGGCACUCGGUAGACACCCACUCGCUGGCCUUGGAAUUCGCGCGAAUGCGCCGAUUGCGCAGUCGACUGCUUGAACCCGAGCCGUGAGUUUCAUCUCUCACUAGAAGCUACCGAUCACAUCAAAUCUUGUUACUGAAGUCUUUUUUUGCAUUCAUUUAUAGUGUCCUCGUGGCUCAGACAAAACCCAUGCUCCAGCGCCGCGGCAUCCGCUCGCCUCGAGUGAAGCCCGCGAACGCAAGUGCGAAACCUACGGUCUCUAAGGCCACCGCCACAGCUUCGGCAUCUCCGAACACCACUUCCUCUCAGACCCCGUCUCCCACUUUGACUCCCGUGGCGAACCCCAAGAUCAAGAGCUCGACCCACCAUGUGCACAAUAUUUCGUCGAUUCCUCAUCCUCAUGUGGGCCGAAAGAACGUUACUACCACUCCCAUCGUUCUCGUUCCUUCGACCAUCAACGUCACCGUCGUCUACUCUCUCAACACUACCAACGCCAAUGCGACCUCGAACAGCACCUUACCGCGUCGCUCGGUCGCCGUCGCACGCAGUCGCAAGGUCUCUCCCGGUGUGCAGACGUUCGUGCGCAAGCCUUCCAUCGCCUCGAAACGUGACGCUAUUCCCAAGACGAGGAAAGCUUCCCCCGCCAUCGAGGUCUUCCGCGCUUCGUCCACCAUCAAUUCGGCCUCCUCGACGGUCCACUCCAAGCGCAGCGUCGUCUCGAAGGAACGGAAGCGCUCUCCCGCACUCGACACUUUCAAGGCCAGGGCUUCCGAGUCUCGUCUACGAGCCAAGCGCUCCCUCGUCGCAGCCGACGAUUCGACCACCGCUGAGACCGAGGAAGUCCGAGCUGCGCAGCCCACUCAAGCCGAGAUUCAAGCCGUGCAGCAGCUUUCGUCGGAGCCCGAACACUCGAGCGGACGAGGUGCUGGACCUUUCUUCGCCGUUCGAAACCGCGAAAAGCGAUACGUCGUCGACGCUGUCCCCGUCGAAAGCCGAGGUAUGGGUGGCUACAGGCGCUCGAUUCCUACGCCCAAGGCUCAACCCGCAUCUCUUCUCUAA